AUGCCUCACGCCGACUCUGCCUUCGUACCCUCGGGGAUCAACAAAUCAGAAUUUUGGGAACAUGUUCAUGGUCAGCUAGCCGCCCUACUAGAAGGACAGCGCAAUUGGGUCACAAAUCUUGCCAAUGCGUCUUCCUUGAUCUACAGUUCACUUUUGUCCUUUCAUCCUCACUUUGGAGAUGAGAACAGAGCGGUCAAUUGGUGUGGCUUCUACAUCGAUUCCUCGUUAUUUCCCUCACCUCGAAUUUCACAAGUAAACACUGAAUUAGACGAGACCAUCCGUACCGGCCAGCUUUUGCUCGGCCCGUUCUGCGGAAAGCCUGCCUGCCAACUGAUCAACGUCGCUGAGGGUAAGGCGCGAGGGGUCUGCGCCGAUGCUUAUCUCCAGCGAAGAACUUUGCUGGUGCCUGAUGUGGAUAACUAUCCCGGUCAUAUCGCCUGCGACGGAGACACGAGGAGCGAGAUCGUAUGCCCUCUGAUUCUCAGAAAUCGUGGUGAAGAGACCCCACUUGGAGUGCUCGAUUUGGACUGUCUUGCUUUGGGUGGAUUUAACGAGGAGGACCGUGUAGGUUUGCAGAGCAUCGCUGAUCUGGUUGUACGGGCGUGCGAUUGGUGA